ACCUUGGCGUCCAUGCUGAGGGCGAAGUACAUGACGAGACGCACGACGCCGGAGGUCGUCGAUCUGCUCAACGCGCGUCGACAGAUGCGGGGUGAGAGGUUGCUGGAGUACGCGCAAUCACUGCGCGAGAUCGCGGAGCAGGGCGACAUCAGCGAGGACUGGCUGGUGAGCGCGUUCCUGAAGGGCAUGAGCAGCCCGAUGGGUGCGACCCACGUGCGUGCACACCGCCUCCGGACGCUGGAUGAGGCGGUCAACUUGGCGAUCCCACACGUCGGCGACUACGGA